AAACAACAGCAGCCACAAAAACAAAAACUCCAUUAAAAAGCCUCUCCUCCGCACUUUCCUUUAGGGUUUUCUAAAGAACGUAGAAAAGAUGUUCAGAAGAGGACCUUCGAGUAAGAGCGACAACACCAAGUUCUACGAGAUCCUCGGCGUCCCCAAGACCGCAUCUCCCGAAGAUCUCAAAAAGGCUUACAAGAAAGCCGCCAUCAAAAACCAUCCCGACAAAGGUGGAGAUCCAGAGAAGUUUAAGGAGUUAGCUCAGGCUUAUGAAGUUCUAAGUGAUCCAGAGAAGCGUGAGAUCUAUGAUGAGUAUGGAGAGGAUGCACUCAAGGAGGGAAUGGGUGGUGGAGGCGGUGGGCAUGACCCGUUUGAUAUCUUCUCUUCCUUCUUUGGUGGUGGUGGUGGACACCCUUUUGGAGGUGGUAGCAGCCGUGGAAGGAGGCAGAGGCGUGGAGAAGAUGUUGUUCACCCUCUGAAGGUUUCACUAGAGGAUCUUUACCUCGGAACGACAAAGAAGCUCUCACUUUCUAGGAAGGCUUUGUGCUCUAAGUGUAACGGAAAGGGUUCAAAGUCUGGAGCUUCAUCGACAUGUAGUGGAUGUCAAGGAUCUGGGAUGAAGGUUUCGAUCAGACAGCUUGGACCUGGAAUGAUUCAGCAGAUGCAGCAUCCUUGUCAUGAUUGUAAAGGUACAGGAGAGACCAUCAAUGAUCGUGACAGGUGCACACAAUGCAAAGGAGAGAAGGUUGUCUCUGAGAAGAAGGUGCUUGAAGUAGCUGUGGAGAAGGGAAUGCAGCACAGUCAGAAGAUCACAUUCAGUGGACAAGCUGAUGAAGCGCCUGAUACAAUCACUGGAGAUAUAGUGUUCGUCAUUCAGCAGAAGGAGCACCCAAAGUUCAAGAGAAAGGGAGAUGAUCUCUUUGUGGAACACACCCUCUCUCUUACAGAAGCUCUCUGCGGGUUCCAGUUUGUCUUGACACAUCUGGACAAAAGACAGCUUCUCAUCAAAUCCAGCCCCGGGGAGGUUGUGAAGCCAGGUACUUAUCUCAACCAUGAUCAUCCCUUGUUUUUGCUUUUCUUCUUCUUCUUACCAUUGGUGUGUGUUUGGUUGUUUGAUAGAUUCAUACAGGGCGAUAGCCGACGAGGGAAUGCCAAUAUACCAAAGGCCGUUCAUGAAGGGUAAGCUUUACAUCCACUUCACGGUUGAGUUCCCUGAAUCUCUUAGCCCGGACCAGACAAAGGCCAUUGAAGCGGUUCUGCCAAAGCCAAAGGCAGCUCUGAGCGACAUGGAAAUAGAUGAGUGUGAAGAGACAACGCUGCACGAUGUGAACAUUGAGGAUGAGAUGAGAAGGAAGGCUCAAGCUCAAAGAGAGGCUUAUGAUGACGAUGAUGAUGAUGAAGAAGGCCCAGGCGGUGCUCAGCGUGUGCAAUGUGCCCAGCAGUGAUGUCAACAUGGCACUUGUAGUGAUAUUCAGCAUUUGCGUUUUUAAACAUUAAUGUAUUAUUUUUGGGUCUUUGCCCAAUUUGGUUGGAAGAAACUUGUCCUAAUUCAUUUUCUUUUCUCGUUCAGAAAAACUUUUCUAGUUCUCGAGAUUCUAUGUAUCCUCUCCAACAGUUCAGUGUUACCAAAUCUAGCUAUGGCUUGAGAUUCUGUCGUCUUUGGUACAACUAUCUAUUAGCUGUUACUACAUUAAGAAUCGUCUGAAGUGGACAGACACACCAUGCCAUCUCCAGUUCGACCAUUCAACUCCAGUUCAAUUCACAAACAGCGGCUAGUAUCUAUGUUCUGACAUUAAUCUUUUUCUGUUGAAACUGGUAUACAUGUGUUAUUGAGAAGG